AUGGAUGUUAAAAAGCACAAUUUAAUUGAAUUAGUUUUUAAUGUUCCUCCGUUGUGGGAUAAGCGGCACAAGCAACACCAUAAUAGGUAUACUCUGGCCAAGGAAUGGAAGAAGAUUGGAGCUGAACUCGAGAUGACCGUUACGGAGGUAAAAUCUCGGUGGAAAAACCUUAGACAGGAGUUCGGUAAACAAUUUAAAAAGUACCAGGGAAGGUCUGGUGAUGGAGCACCGGAGGAAGCUGCAAGUCAAUGGCCGUUCUUCCAAAAAUUACAAUUUUUAAAAGAUCAAUUUACCCCCCGGAAUUCAUCGGGAAAUUUAACACGGCCUGAAAAUACUGAAGAAACUGAAAAUACUCAAAAUACUGAAAAUACUGAAGAGGUCAGUGACAGUGACGAUGUCGAUGAGGAGCGAGAUAUCCGUCAGGAGAGUGUGGAUAGUGUAUUCAGUUCACACGGUCUGGAGUCUACUUCUGAUCGACAGCCCUUUCUUCAAACGCCGACAUCUUUAUCCAGUGAGCCUCAGUCAGUCUCAAGAACUGGAUACAGAAAACGAUUAACAGCACAAGCUAUAAUUGGAAAAGAAUUGCUGUCUCUAGAAACACAGAAACUAGAGUUGGCAAAAAAAAGAAAAAUUCAAAACGUUAAUGACGAAGAUAUUGGUUUUUUUAAUUCACUAUUACCAACUGUGAAAAAACUGACUGAUAAAGAUAAAUUCAUUUUUCGAAUGAAGGUGCAGAAGACACUCUUCGAACUUGCAUUUCCAGAAACGGAAAAUCCAAAAGUGUCAAAUGCAAAACCUUCUACUACCGUACAAACGUCUACUUCGCGACAUAAUCAAAUUACUCAGGAAGAAACAAUAAUUCAACAGGAAUCUGAUACUUAUACAACAGAUUAUACAAUCUUGGAACUUUAA